ACACUCUAAAUGGACCCGUGUGCAUGUUGCCUCUCCGUGUCUUCGCGUUCGGGUUCUGUAAAGCUAGACUCUCCAGUUCGGACCGUGUAGGACGAGCGGGGCGGGGUUCUGUUGGACGUGGUAGCAUCCUUGGGCUAGCUAUCGCACGUCAGUGACUGGCCUUGAUGCAAUCUCCAAGCUACAAGUUAUCGAGAAAACGCUCUGAAAAAGCUGCUAACGCACUAAUAGAGCGUUGAUGAAAAUCCCCCCAGUGAGAGGAGGAGGGCCGCUGUGUUCGCGUUUGCUCUCGUUUCACUGCCUCGCGCCUGUUCAAAGCGAAACUUUAUGGCAACGGUGCAAUCGACCAAACGUGGGGACCCAAAUGAAUUGAAAGCCAUUUUCCAGAAGUAUGCCAGUAUAGUGGACAAGGAUGGGGAAAGGUUCAUGACUCCAGCUGACUUUGUACAGAACUAUCUGGGACUUCACACACAGAUUCACCACAACCCCAAAACUGUCCAACUCAUUGCUGCUGUUGCUGAUACCACAAAGGACGGGCUCAUCUCAUUCCAGGAGUUCCUUGCAUUCGAGUCUGUGCUGUGUGCACCAGACGCCCUCUUCAUAGUAGCUUUUCAACUCUUUGACAAGACCGGAACCGGGACCGUUUCCUUCGAAAAUGUGCGAGACAUCUUCAGUCAAACCACGGUCCACCACCACAUUCCCUUCAACUGGGACUGCGAGUUCAUCCGCCUGCACUUUGGUCACGAUCGCAAGAAAGACCUCAGCUACCUGGAGUUCACACAAUUCCUGCAGGAGCUGCAGUUGGAGCACGCACGCCAGGCGUUUGCCCAGAAGGACAAAGGGAAGAAUGGGGUCAUCUCUGCUAUGGACUUCAGUGACAUAAUGGCCACAAUCAGACACCACAUGCUUACUCCUUUUGUGGAGGAGAACCUUGUCUCGGCUGCAGGGGGCAGCACCUCCCACAUGGUCAGCUUCUCCUACUUCAACGCAUUCAACUCCCUCCUGAACAACAUGGAGCUCAUCCGCAAGAUCUACAGCACAAUGGCCGGCACGCGGAAGGACACGCUGGUCACUAAAGAGGAGUUUGUUCAUGCUGCCAACAAGUUUGGUCAGAUCACUCCAAUGGAAGUCGAUAUCUUGUACCAGUUGUCAGGCCUGCACUCUCCCUCUGGGCGUCUGAAUCUCCUCGACAUCGAAAGAGUAGCUCCACUAGAAGAAGGAUGUCUUCCCCACCACUUGGUCGAAACCCAAAAACAGUCUCAUGGAGACGGCUCCAGGCCCAUUUGGCUCCAGGUGGCAGAAUCAGCCUACAGGUUCUUUCUGGGUUCCAUUGCUGGAGCCACCGGUGCUACAGCGGUGUACCCCAUCGACUUGGUGAAGACUCGUAUGCAGAACCAGAGGUCCACUGGGUCGUUUGUUGGAGAGCUGAUGUACAAGAACAGCUUUGACUGUGCAAAGAAGGUUCUUCGUUAUGAGGGCUUUUUUGGCUUCUACAGAGGUCUGGUUCCUCAGCUCAUCGGUGUUGCUCCUGAAAAAGCCAUCAAACUCACAGUAAACGACUUUGUUCGAGACAAAUUCACCCAAAAAGACGACACAAUUCCUCUAUUUGCUGAGAUCAUGGCUGGAGGCUGUGCCGGAGCAUCUCAGGUGAUCUUCACAAACCCUCUGGAGAUCGUGAAGAUUCGCCUGCAGGUCGCAGGUGAGAUCACCACCGGGCCUCGAGUCAGCGCCCUCAGCGUUGUCCGCGACCUGGGCUUCUUCGGCCUCUACAAGGGUGCCAAAGCUUGCUUCUUGAGGGACAUUCCCUUCUCGGCCAUCUAUUUCCCCGUGUACGCCCACACUAAGGCACAGUUAGCAGAUGAAAACGGUCGACUGGGAGCUUUGCAGCUUCUCACUGCAGGAGCCAUUGCAGGUGUCCCUGCUGCCUCCCUCGUGACUCCUGCUGAUGUCAUCAAGACGCGACUGCAGGUCGCCGCAAGGGCGGGGCAGACCACUUAUGAUGGGGUCAUCGACUGCUUUAAGAAGAUUAUGAGGGAGGAAGGCUUCCGGGCUUUGUGGAAAGGCGCUGGAGCUCGCAUGUGCCGCUCCUCCCCUCAGUUUGGUGUGACCCUGGUGACUUAUGAACUUCUGCAGCGAUGGUUUUAUGUUGACUUUGGAGGACAUCGCCCUGCAGGCUCCGAGCCGACGCCCAAAUCUCGCAUUUCCGAGCUUCCCCCCAUCAACGCCGAGCAUAUCGGAGGCUACCGCCUGGCCGCAGCUACCUUCGCUGGGGUGGAGAACAAAUUCGGCCUCCAUCUUCCCAAGUUCAAGUCUUCCGGCGUGGUUUCCAUCCAUCACAGAGAGCCGGCCGCGCCCGUUCAGGCACCGUAGAGGCGUGCAGCCGCUUCUGUCUUCACCAUCCCUCUCUUCCACCACCAGGGCCAGACAUUUGAACACAGCAGACGUAUGCAUACUCCGCACUCGAGGGGCGACAGAAGCAAAGAGCAGCCGGUGCUGCAGCUGCAAGGCACAGAGCAGCUGUCAGGUGUGCUGUGUUGCAUCUUCAGUGGCUCCUGGAAUUUCCAUCCUUUAUGUUCUUCUCUUGUGUGAAAACGAACUUUGAGCACUCCAAUUAAAGCUUGAUCGAUUCUGAUAUUGGACUGUCAGCAUAGGAAGUAAUUGAUCGACCUGCACAGUGUGUGGGGCUUCACUGCAACUCCUCCAGGUGGCUACAUACUGUACAUAUUGUACUGUACUGAGAAAAUGUUACAAGACCAAGUCCCGUAACGUUCAGCCGGUCUCAUUACACAGUAGAUGUGAUGUCACGGCAGUGGGAGGGGCUUGAGAGAAUGACUUACUGAUGUACAGGGCUUUUCAAAUUAAUGUUUUCUCAAAGAAAGAAAAAAAAAAUCAAAUCUUGAGCAGAGAAUUAGGUAUUAAUAAAUUAAGUGUAUCUCAGUUCUGUUGUUGUAUUUUAAUUAAAUAAAUAAAUCAUCCAUAUUGUUUUAAAUUUA